AUGGCCAACCCCCGCAUUGAAGAGCUCCCCGACGAGCCCGAGAAGAAGAACGUCCAGAUCGAGGAGGAUGAGUCCAGCGACGAGUCUGAGGGCGAGGAGGGCGAGGUCAGCGUGCCCGCGGGCUCCUCCGUCGCUGUCCACUCCCGCAACGAGAAGAAGGCUCGCAAGGCCAUCGCCAAGCUCGGCCUGAAGCACAUCGACGGCAUCACACGCGUCACCCUCCGCCGACCGAAGAACAUCCUCUUCGUCAUCAACCAGCCCGACGUCUACAAGUCCCCUUCAAGCAACACCUGGAUCAUCUUCGGUGAGGCCAAGAUCGAGGACCUCAACUCCCAGGCUCAGGCUUCCGCCGCCCAGCAGCUUGCUCAGGCCGAGGCCGCAUCCCACGACCACGCCGGCCACGACCACGGCGACGAGGCCAGCAAGGGCAAGGGCAAGGCUGUCGAGGACAAGAAGGACGAGGAGGAGGAGGAGGAGGAUGACGAUGAGGAGAUUGACGACUCUGGCCUUGAGGCCAAGGACAUCGAGCUCGUCAUGCAGCAGGCCAGCGUUUCGCGGAAGAAGGCCGUCAAGGCCCUCAAGGAGAACGACAACGAUAUCGUAAACUCCAUCAUGGCGCUGAGCAUAUAG